AUGUUCGAAGAGAAACUUGUCGUCGGUGUGGCCUCCACCUGCUCCACCUUGGCCAUCGUUGCCUGCCUUUUGGUGGUACCAUCCCUGUACAACACCAUCAACGAAAUCCACGAUGAGGUUCUCGACGGAGUCUCUGUGUUCCGCGUUGAGACCGACGCCGCAUGGGCCCAGAUGAUGGACUACCAAGUCACUGUCUCUCCACCAUCCAAGCCCCGCCAGAACCCCUUCGCCUCAAUCUUCCGUGAGAAGAGACAGGCCCUGCCAGCUUACUGCCAGUGCACUCCUCCAACUGUCAACUGCCCACCUGGACCUCCAGGACCACCAGGACAG